AUGGCAAGAGUAUCCUCGCCAAGUGGAGAUUCAGAUGAAGAAGUACCUUUGAGGGCCAGGCUCCAGAGAUCUGGUGCUCGAAGGCCUUUUUCAUGGUUACGUGAAGAUUCAGAUGAACAAGUUAACAUGAGGCCAAGGCAUAAGAGAACUCGUGUCAGACGUUUUUAUGAGGAAGAAACGGAAGAGGAAGAAGAGGAAAGUGAUGAAUAUGGAGGAGAAGAGGUUGGAGAGGGAAGUGGUGAAUAUGGAGGAGGAGAAGAGGUUGGAGAAGAGGAAAGAGAUGAAUAUGGAGGAGAAGAGGUUGGAGAAGAGGAAAGAUAUGAAUAUGGAGGAGAAGAGGUUGGAGAAGAGGAAAGUAAUGAAUAUGGAGAAGAGGUUGGCAGAGAAAGGGAAGAAGACAGAGAUUUCCUUAAUAAUAUCCAAGGGGCAUGGGAAGAGGAAGAGCCAAAUAAUGAAGCACAAGUACAUGAACAGCAGCAGGAUGGGUCUCAAUCUCAUGUUUCCAUAACCCUAACCGACCCGGAAUUGUUUGAUUGCCCUAUUUGCUGUGAGCCCUUGACCAUCCCUGUCUACCAAUGCGACCAAAACGGGCACAUAGCUUGCUCCUCCUGCCGUACAAAGAUUAACAACAAAUGUCCCUCUUGUUCCGGGUUCAUUGGAUUCAGUCGUUGCCGCGCAAUGGAGAAGGCUCUUGAAUCAAUCAAAACAUCAUGCCAAAAUAUCACGUAUGGAUGCAAACACUCUUUCCCUUUCCAUAAAAAAGGUGAACAUAUAAACGCAUGUGUUUAUUCACCUUGCUUUUGCCCCCAUUGCAACUUUGUCUCUCCAGAUAUUGAGUUAUACAACCACUUCAGAAGCAGCCAUGCGACUUUCGCAACGCAAUUCAAGUACAACUGUUUUUUUUCUGUUUCGUUAAAUGCCGAAGCAAGCUUUCUUGUUCUUCAAGAAAAGAAUGAUGAUACAUUAUUUAUCCUCAAGAAAAAUUAUGUUGAAGAUGUGGGAAAUUCAGUGAAAGUUACUUGUAUACAACCCGGCUUCAGGAAGGGCUUCUUAUAUCAGCUUCGUGCGAAAGCCAAGAAAAUGUCUCUCAAAUUGGAGGCCCUCACAGAGAGUACUCCAAGCCGGCAGGCAAUUGAUAAUCCUAAAACAGGGUUUCUUUUAAUUCCAUGUGAUUUUAUCAGUCCUGGUGGCCAGCUCAAAAUGGAAAUCCGCAUAGAGAGUUUUGAGAUGUAUUAUCAACUCAACCAGAUUAUUCGAUUGGAGAAUGUGAAGGGAAUGGCAAGUGAUCAAUAUGAAGCAGAAGUUGGUGGAGGCGACGUACGAGUACAUGAACAGCAAGAUGGCUCUCACUCUCAUGUUGUCAUAACCAUAACUGACCCAGAAUUAUUCGAUUGCCCUAUUUGCUAUGAACCCUUGACCAUCCCUGUCUACCAGUGUGACCAAAAUGGGCACAUAGCUUGCUCCUCCUGCCGUACAAAAAUUAACGACAAAUGUCCCUUCUGCUCUGGGUCUAUUGGAUUCAAUCAUUGCCGUGCGAUCGAGAAGGCUCUUGAAUCAAUCACAAUAUCAUGCCAGAACAUCCAGUAUGGAUGCAAAGAAUCUGUGACUUUCAAUAAAAAAGAAAAGAAAGGUGGUACAUUAUUUAUUCUCAAGAGGCAUCUAGUUCCAGAUCUAGGAAAUGCUGUGACAAUUAGUUGUAUACAACCCGGCUUCAUGGGGGGCUUCUUCCAUGAGCUUGAUGCGAAAUCUGAGGAAAAUUUUCUCAGAUUGGAAUCUUUCACAAAGAGCACUCCAAGCCGGCAGGUAAUUGAUGAUCGCCCUCCCAAAACAGGUUUUCUUUUAAUCCCAUUUGAUUUUAUCAGUUCUGAUGGCCAGCUCAAGAUGGAAAUUUGCAUCUGGCCUGAAGGUGCCUCCCCUUUCAGACGUAACCAUGUUGCUUAA